CCUUGGGGGGCAGAGGUUGCUAACUAAAAUCCUCCGCAUUCGCGAAUAAUCGAGCUACUGUCAAUGUUGCGAUGGAAAAGGCCGGUGCAAUUGUAAGAACAUAGAGCGAAUGUUCACAUUGUCACUCGCGUCCUCGUUCCUACCAUCGCGGUACGCGCACCAGCUACCCACCUCGCGCCUCAAAACCGGUGUACCUGAACCUGUGGGUUAGGCUCGUGCCUGGCCAAUCCAGCUUCAUGCGAUGGCCAUGUUUCGCUACCUCACUGUUCAGAAAGUCAGUCUACUCGUCCUGGUUAAGCUAUACUGUCAGUCCGUUCUUCCAUCGUCCGCUACUAUCCCCAUUCUCUCCUUCAUCCUCUCGCACACGAUCGCUCGUGUCCCCUCUUCUGCGCGUUCGCAUUCCGAGGCCAGCCAGGAUGCAUCUCUGCCAAUUCACGCCUUCGAAGAAGUUCUCCAGUCACAGGCAUCUAGCAUGCCCGGUCGGACUCUCCUGGAUGUCUUCCUCAAGGACCUGUGGGCAAUCAGUUCGCUAGACGCCCUCCAUGACCUCUUCAAUAGUCUAGACAGUCUCUUUGAGAGAGACGGGCCCGCGGGCGAGUCUGAAGUUCAUGAGCGCCCCGAGGACCGGAUCGUUCUUCACAAGAUUUCGCCACUGGGGACAUUUGUCAGAAGAAUGAGGUUGGAAUUCACCAGGUUGCAGUUUGAUGAUGCCAUGAAACUUUGGUCAGCCUUUCUUAUAUACCGGGCACCCACUGCACAAUGGACGAGACGGAUUGCGGGUCUUGCUUCAUCUGGAGUAGACGUGAACAUAUCCACCUUUGAUCUGGGGCCCGGCGAUGAGCUCUUCCAAGUCGCAUAUGGACAACUCGAUGCAGAAGAUGAAGUAAUACAUGCAAUUAGCACGCACGAUCUUGAGCGCGUGUUAGAGUUCCAGUUGGACCGGCUGCAGAGGCUUGGUUGCCGUGUGCCUGAUGAUAUGAGGGCACAACUCCGCUCUCUAUUAGAAUCCACAGGCUCGGUUGUACGACAAUCGCACCUGGUCAACUUUUUUGAUGCCUGGAGAGCAGGUGACUACACCUCUGCCUUCGACAAUAUCCAUCGAUACUACGAUCUUGCAAUGCUGACUCGGGAGAGGAUGGAGUAUCAGUAUGCCCUGCUUCACAUGGCAAUACUCCAGGCAGAGUUUGGCUCCUUUACUGAGGCUGUCGCCGCGAUCAACGAGACCAUUGUGACGGCAAGGGAGAAUCAGGAUAUGACAUGCCUCAAUUUCAGCUUGAGCUGGCUGCAGCAUUUGAAUAAUGCCUGUCCGGAGCAAAUGAAGCGCGCCGGGUAUAAAGGCUUGUUAGGUUCGGAGCGGGACGCUUUUGCGUUUCUGAAAAUGAAGUCGAGGGAAACCGGAAUGUAUAAUCUACUGAGUGCCACAUUGUUGAAUGAGUCGAAGCGAUGCAUGGCAACGGGUGAAUCCGUCCCUCGGGCUUUUGAGCAGCUAUAUCAAGCUGCUCAUCUGAACACAAGAGAGAGCAUAGACAAUCACGGGGGACACAUGCUCCUGCAGUCCACUCUUUAUUCCAGGCUUGGGCUUUCAGACCUCUCCCGUACAUAUUGCCAGCUACUCCUUGAUUGCUACGGUCACAGCUCCCCCAACGACGAGCGCAUUCGAGCCAGAUGCAGGUGUGCUUUCAACGCCAUGCACAGUGGACGCUACGACGAUGCCCUACAACUGCUGGAGGCAAGCGAAGCGUUCAACCAUCGCACCUUGAAGUUUCAGCAGUACAUCUACUUCUGUACAGGACUAAUAAAGCUGAAACAAGCCAUUCGCCGGGCUGAUUGGGCCGCAUGUGAAAGCCUGUUUUCCGCACUGGACUCAGACUCAUGCAAUGACCCCGAAAUCUCCUUUCUCCUGUUCGAAACUCGCAUCGAUUAUCUUAUAUGCCACGGCGACUUCUCACAAGCUUUCAAACUCGUAGAGCAGCGGGCGCUUGCCUUACGGGAGCACGACGCAGACGUCCUGCAGCGUCUCGGAUUACUGCUUAUGAAAGCCACCUUGUUUUCUACAGUCAGGAAACCGGAAGGGGGCUUCAGCGUUGCACUACGAGCGGCAAGUAUUGCCUUCAGGACCCGCUUGAUGCCCGCUCUGUGGAGUGCAACCGGCCUGCUUGCCAAUAUUCUGAAUACCCUGGGGGACUUUGAGGCUGCUUCGCGGAUGCUUCAUGCUGUGAUUCCCCAAGCCCUGGAGAACAACGAACCCUUGUCCUGCGGUAUCUUAUAUUCAUACCUUGCAGAUUCGUAUGUCGGCCUUGCCGGCUGUGCGGGUCCUGCAAUGUCGACUGGAAAUCGUUCCCGCAUCACGCAAAUGAGCCGCGCCGGCUUAUACAUCGACAAGGCUCUGAAUUGCUUCAAGGAGGUCAAGGACGUUCAUGGGGAAUGCGAGCAAAUCAUGAAGAAAGCGCUGCUUGCAAAGUUUCGCGGAGACGAGAAACUGGCAGAAGAGUGGGCGCAGAAUCACAACCGUGUUUGGGAUCAUACAAUACACAAUGUCGAGCAAUGAACCGGAAGGAGUUAUUUGAUGGACACAUUGGAGCAGUUACUAUGCCACGAUAUCUAUAUGACAAAUGAAAUGGUAACGCGGUUUCGAUAGCUUAUCUUAAGGCUCGAUGGU